AUGCUCCUCUUCCUCAUCUUCUUCCCCCGCAAUCCCGACCCCUCCCAGAUGGACGAGCAGGAUGCCAACAUGCCCACCUGGAAAGAGGCCGUCGUUGUUCUUGCCGCCUCGAUUGCUUUCUUCAUCGUUGCCCUCCUCGGCUCCAUCGUCUUCGUCUACGCCGCGCCGUCCCAUCUUCGCGCCUGGGCCAACUUUCUCGGCCUGCUAGGCACUGCCUUGGCUGCGAUCCAAUACAUCCCUCAGAUCCUCAUGACGUGGAGACUGCAAGAGACGGGAAGCUUGUCGGUGCCCAUGAUGUGCAUACAGACGCCGGGAAGCUUUGUCUUUGCCGCGAGCCUGGCAGUUAGGCUAGGUCCCGGUGGCUGGAGUGCAUGGGGCUUGUUCAUAUUCACAGGUUGCUUGCAAGGCUGCCUGCUGGCCAUGAGCCUUUGGUUCAUCUUGAGAGACAGGCAAGCUGCCAAGCCUGGAGGUGCACCUGCCGAAACCGAGAAUGGUGCUGCCGGUGCUCACGAACAGACACCACUGUUGCAUGGCAAUGCAGAAGAUAGGUAG